UCCAAGCUCGGUUACUAAAGCGUGCUCCUCCAGUCCUUUUUCCAAAAGACUUUAAGGGAAAUUAAAAACAAAUUUAAAGAAAGAGGAAGACGAAUUUUUCUUAAAGGAGGAAAGGAAAGUAACAAUAACAUGUCAGUUUUUCUUUACUUUACUUUCCUGGCAGCUAUUCUUGCUCACAUCGGCUGUAAUAGCCAGCGUCGGGGUCCAGAAGCCAGUGGAAGAAGAUUUAACCGGAUUCAGCAUGGGCAGUGCACCUAUACUUUCAUUCUGCCUGAACAGGAUGGGAACUGUCGUGAAAGCACGACAGACCAGUACAACACAAAUGCUCUUCAGAGAGAUGCUCCUCACGUGGAACAGGAUUUCUCUUCCCAGAAACUGCAACAUCUGGAACAUGUGAUGGAAAAUUACACUCAGUGGCUGCAAAAACUUGAGAACUACAUUGUGGAAAACAUGAAAUCGGAGAUGGUGCAGCUGCAGCAGAAUGCUGUGCAGAACCACACUGCCACCAUGCUUGAGAUAGGGACCAGCCUCCUCAGCCAGACUGCAGAGCAGACAAGAAAACUCACGGAUGUUGAAACUCAGGUGCUAAAUCAAACAUCUAGACUUGAAAUUCAACUACUGGAAAAUUCACUGUCCACGUACAAGCUAGAAAAACAGCUGCUACAACAGACACAUGAAAUCCUGAAAAUUCAUGAGAAAAAUAGUUUACUUGAGCACAGAGUUUUAGAAAUGGAAGAAAGGCAUAAAGAGGAGCUGGACACUUUGAAGGAGGAAAAAGAGAACUUACAAAGUUUGGUCACACGGCAAAGCUACAUAAUCCAGGAACUAGAGAAGCAGUUAAACAAGGCAAUGAGCAAUAACAGUGUCCUGCAGAAACAGCAGCUUGAACUGAUGGAUACAGUUCACACUCUGAUCACCCUCUGUUCCAAGGAAGGAGUUUUACUAAAGAAUGCAAAAAAGGAAGAAGAAAAGCCUUUCAGAGACUGUGCAGAUGUAUACCAAUCUGGUUUUAACAAAAGUGGAGUCUACACUAUUUAUAUUAACAAUGUGUCGGAUCCUAAAAAGGUCUUUUGCAAUAUGGAAAUUGCUGGAGGAGGAUGGACAGUUAUACAGCAUCGAGAAGAUGGGAGUCUGGAUUUUCAAAAAAGCUGGAAAGAGUACAAAAUGGGUUUUGGUAGCCCAUCAGGUGAACAUUGGCUGGGAAAUGAAUUUAUCUUUGCAAUAACAAGUCAGAGACAAUAUUCGCUAAGAAUUGAAUUAAUGGACUGGGAAGGAAACCGGGCAUAUUCACAGUAUGACAGAUUUCACAUAGGAAAUGAAAAGCAGAAUUACAGGCUUUAUUUAAAAGGUCACAGUGGAACAGCUGGAAAACAGAGUAGUCUGAUCUUACAUGGUGCUGAAUUCAGUACUAAAGAUGCAGACAAUGACAACUGCAUGUGUAAAUGUGCUCUUAUGUUGACUGGAGGGUGGUGGUUUGAUGCCUGUGGCCCCUCGAAUCUCAAUGGGAUGUUCUACACAGCUGGGCAAAACCAUGGAAAGCUCAAUGGCAUCAAGUGGCAUUACUUCAAAGGCCCCAGCUACUCCUUGCGCUCCACCACCAUGAUGAUUCGGCCCUUGGACUUUUAAAGGCAUACCACAGUGAACCACAGAACAAACCAGGAUGACCUUGCCCUUAGCAGUACCACUAUCACAAUCUGAAGGUAGAAGGUGAAGGGCUUCUUGAGAAGAACAUGUAGAGAUGAUGCAAAGUCAUUUCAUUAUCACUACAUAACAUGCAAACACUCCCCAAAUGUCAUCCCAUGUUUAGAUGAUCCCGGGAGGUUUGGCUUAGAAGAAGGUGGCUGCAAUGAAUUUCCAGAGAACAGCAACUGGAUCUGGUUAUUCUGCCCAAACCUGUUGCUAAUCAGUGGAUGUGGGUUUUUUUAAUAUUUUCUUUUUCUAAUACAAGAUACAAAAACAUAUCAGAUUAUUUAUCACAUCAGAAUUUGAAGAACUGAAUUGUGUCAACAGUCUGUUGAUGCAACAUUAUACCUAUGAAAAAGGAUUACAGAGACACCUUUAUUAAAACUCAAAGUGCUAAAGGUGACCGCUCUAAAUAUUGUUUUUCUUAAAUGAACUGCAUUUGAAUGGUGGAUGGAUUUAUGUUAAUGUUUGAGUCAAAUAAUUUGUGUGAAUAUUAUUUUUCAUUAACUACUUCAAGGACAUGUUUCUCAUAAAUAAACUGUCAAGCAUAUGGAGAAUGAUAUGGGUAAUAUCAAAAAUUCUUCAGUUGCUCUGUAGAGGUAAAUCAGAUAAUUGACAUAGUCCCUGAGAUAGGAUUUAUAGUGUGAUAACAAAAGUAUCUGUGUUUUGAGGUUUUUCCCUUCUUUCAUAAAAGGCAGUCUGAAUGUCAUGUAGGAAAAUUAAUGGAAGGUUUAAAGAAUGUGAAAUUUUAUCCUAAAGAAAAUACAGGAUUUUGCAUGGAAUAUUUACAUCAAAAGUACACAGGAAGGCAAACUGUUAGAGUGUAUAAAGAUUACAUAAAUGCAUAGCUUAAGGCAAUGGAUUAAUUUUACAGUAUCCUUGCAUGUUCACAAUUUAUCAUUAAAUAUUUUACUUUUUUAUUACAUUUUUGUGAAUACCAGAAGCAUGCCAGUUCUACAGAGUGCUUAGACAACAACUAUAAAAAAUAAUCAUCAGAAUUGUAUAGAAAAUAAAGAAUUGUGAACUUGUAAAUAGCUUGUUUAUAUUUUCUGUAAUGGCCAUUUAAUUUGUACAGGCAACCCUGACCCUACUCAAAGGAUACAAAAUCUCAAAAGGAUAUAAAUAUUAAAAGAAUUUUAGAAGACUGCUUGCAGGUUGCUAAUGGGUAAUUUUGUUAUAUAAAAAUGUUGCAGAAGUGUGGGGUAGGGUGGACGAUUCAACUGUUGGACAAGAAAAAGUUGCUUUAACAACAAUUAAAAAAGUAGUUGUGUGGCCCAUGAAGGUACAGAGACAAGUCUUUCCAUUUGCAGCCCCUCACAAUUUAGUCAUAUGAAUAAAGUCCAUUUCAGAAAGUAGCAUGCAGUCAUCGUCUUUCUGCUGUAUCUAAAAUGAAAAUAUUUACCCUGCUCCAUUGAAAUCCAAAGUAACAUUCUCAUUGAUGAAGCUGGGACCAACACGACAUGAAAAGUCUGCAUAUGGGAAGUUUUUUAUUGUCUUUUGCUUUGUUUCACUCAUUAAGCUGUUCCUGAGAUCAGGCACAACAAAGAUUUGAGUAUUUUUUAAAGAAUUAUGAGACUAAAGUAGCUACUUGCUUUUUUUUAUCUUUAGCAGUUAAUUUUGAUGGAGGAGAAAAAACUUCUUGCAUUUCUUGAACCUCCCUUCUUAAAGAUCACAAGGUCCCACAGGGUCCUCUGUUUUUGUUAUAAUUGGAUAUUUGGUUGGUUUUAAGUGGGGAGAUCUUUGGUUUUGUGUAUUUGUAUAUAUUUAUAUAUAUAUUUGAAUUACUCUUGCCUAAGGAUUAAUUUGCUGAAUAAGUUACCAAACUACUACUUACUCAGCAGUUUCUUCACAGAGCUGGUUUGUCUCAGUUUCCAGCAGUUUUUUGAAACAAUCAUUUAUAUGCAAGAUAUGUGGUCUACUUUUCUUCACAUUCUCAAAAUGUCUCUAUUGCAGGUCUCUAUGUUAGGAAUGGUGUUUUUGCAGAUCUUAUCACAAAAGGCAAAGCACAUUUAAAAU